AUGGAAAACGUGCCGUCAUCCGCGGCGGCGGCCGUGCUGGGUGCCUCAGAAUCUUUACCAGCAGGCUCUGCCCUUGUUCGUGGAUAUGAUUUUGAAGGUGAAAAAGUUGACUACGAUGCUCUCUUCGCUUCCUACGCUACGACGGGGUUCCAGGCAACAAAUUUUGGGAAGGCAAUCGAUAUCGUGAACCACAUGCUGGAAUGGAAACCAUCCGAAGAGCAAAUCAAGAAUGAUGUUUCCCCAGGUGCAAAAUGCAAGAUAUUCCUUGGGUACACAUCCAACAUGGUAUCUGCUGGGAUGCGGGAAACAAUAAAGUUUCUCGUUAAAUACAAGAUGGUUGAUGUCCUCGUUUCUUCAGCGGGAGGCAUAGAGGAAGACUUUAUUAAGUGCCUUGGCCCAACCGGGGUCGGAUCUUUCGACUUGAAAGGACACAUCCUUCGCAAAAAGGGCUUGAACAGAAUCGGAAACCUGUUGGUUCCGAACGACAACUAUUGCAAGUUUGAAGACUGGGAGAAAGGAUUAACAACGAGGACUCAAUAUAUUAUUGGGCUGCAAAAAACAAAAUUCCAGUGUUCUGCCCUGCGCUGA